AUGCUACGUUUGAGACGCGCUCGUAUCCUGCCGCCGCUGACGGCCUCACGCCAGUCCCAGCGACUAAUAUGGAGCCCCGCCUCUGGCUUCAUGGCGUGGCUUGGUUUUGGCGAUACUAAACGCCCUACAAGCUCUACAAACCCCACAAAGCAGCCAUCAGUCCAGCCUAAAACUCCGCGUAAACGCUGGGCCUCCAAAAGAGAGCACGUCUUGAGGCCGCAGCCAUCAGCCGACGCCUCAUUCCCGACAGUGCAGAAAUCACUGAGUCUAAAAAGGAAAAAAAAUGCCGUCCACGCGCUUGGCCGCUUAUCACAGAAGAUCAAAAACGUGUCGUCAUCGAAACAGCUUUUGGACGCCUGGAAGAUCAUUUCACAGUGUCGACCGUUUGUCGUACAAGAGGAUGAACCCUUUCAAGUUCAACUGGCAUCAGUGGAAAACGUUCAGGACAAUGAUUCGUGGCUCUUGCAGAUUGUGCCUGCCAAUGUCUUCGCAAAGCUCUCGGCCAAGUUGUUCACACGCAUCAUGUUUGUGGGGUCCACCCAGGUGGGUCCAUUCGAUACUGAUGUGGUGGUAGCCAAUGAGACUGUUAUGGUGGGGUAUUUCGUGAAGGCUUUUCACAGGAUGAAGGAGCACGAGCUCGUGGUGACGUUCUUUGAAGCUUACGACCGUGACCGGGGUGUCUGGCUGCAGGAACACCAGCUCCAUGCAGAAGCUACAGUGCCAGAUGACGGCCUUAGUGACGGAGACAAGGAAGAGGAAGCCAAGCCAGACUAUAUAGAGAAACAGGUGUUGAUUAAGAGAGUUACGCGGCUCCCACGUACCGUCUAUUCGUGUUAUCUUCGCUCUCUGGCUGCUUUGAGGCAGUCAAAAAAGAUCGUACGGUUCUUUGAGGACAACGAACACCAGCUUGAGAGGAUCUGUGUUACAGUUCCCAACUUGCAUUUGAUCCUUCACGCCUGCUACAAUGAGAAGAAUGGAGCCCUGGCACGGCGAGCGAUCGACACGAUUUUGAAAUGCUCCCCUGCCGCUGUCAUUCCACUGGGUUGCUAUGAGCUAGCGAUCCGAGCUAAUUUGUGCGAUCGCAAGCGUGACGAGCAAGGGUUGCUGUCUGCAAUCCACCUGGCGCAAGCACUGCUCAAUGAUGGCGGCUUCAUCUUGAAACCUGACAUUUGGUCCAGACUUGUCAAGGCGAGUUUGGUUUGGGAUCGUCCAGAUCUCGCGCUUGACGUCUUCAAAACGUAUCCACGCCAUUGUAUACCUGAAUACCAGAGCAAUUUUCGUCAGGUGCUGCGGACAGCAAGCCGCCUCGCUGGGUCUACUGCGCUCGAAAUGAUGCAUUUCUGCUGGGUCAGCUACGAUGCCGAUUAUCCUGACAGGAAAAUGUUGCUUGACGAAAGAAAAGCGUAUAAAGAUACCAUUUAUCUCAAUAACCCGGAAGUUAAAGCACUGUCGCUGGGAGAUGCGGUGCUACCACCAAACAUUCCUGUGGUCAACAAGGAGGCUGAAACUGAUAUGCUCAAUACAAUGAUGUGGGAUUUGCUGAAGCACUGCCAUGAUGUGCCAUCCACCGUGCAAGUGUUGGACCUCAUGGAAUCCACUUGCUCGAAAGGUGGUGGAGUGGCUUUACGCAAAGCUGUAGUAAGCAUGUUUGAGUACGACAUGAAUGAGAAGAAGAUGUCGCCUCGCGCUGCAGUGGAGAGCUCGCUGAACUUUUGGAAAGAGCAUUCUACAGUGUUGCAUGGCCAGGGGUUUCUGGUGCACGUGCUAUUGGAGGAGUGUAUAAAGCAUCAACUGGAUGACGAGUGCGAGUUCUUGGUGAACUACUUACUGGACGUUGGUGUGGGACGUGUACCAGUCAACUCAGUCGUCAAGAUGAUGGAAGCCAACGAGUUACGCGGGCGCUUCGAAGCGAAUGCUCGCAUUGGCGAUAAACUCCUUUACAAACUCUUUCGUAGCAACCGUGGAAAGCUUCGCGACGACUUUUAUGAGCGCUAUCUGAUGAGCUAUCUCCGUCUAGAACAAUUUGACAAAGUGGGCCAGCAGUAUGCCUAUUUCAACCUUGAGCAGCGUUUCCCUUACAACAAAGUUAUCCGGACAAUUGUGCAGGAUGCAGCUGCGCAAGAGGACAAGUUUGAAAGCAACAAGUAA